CUACCGCUCGCAUCCGGUUCAACGAGACGUUCGCCCCGCCAACACCGUCGCCGCACCGCCAUGUCCAACCCUCCCACCUCGGCUCACGACGAAUCGAGCCCGGCGCCGCCUCACUUUGAAGAGGAGCUGCUCGACAAGCACUUCGAGUACACCUACAGUUCAGGCUGGACGUAUCAAUUCUGGGUGAAGAACCACCAGCGUAUCGUCUACGGCAUCAGCGGUGGCCCUAUGAGCGGGCGCAACAACUUCCAGACCGCUCACUAUCAGCGAGUGCGGCCAAACUUGUGGCAGAUCAGCUGGCUCGAGGAGACGAACACGGUCGUGAGCAUGGUGCUCGACAUUGACGAGAAGCGCAUCACGACGUUCAUGUCGUUCUCGCACGGUCACUGGGCGAGGAAUGACGAGGCCAAGGGGUACAAGCGCGACGAGGGCAAGUUGGACAAGUGGCGCGAGCUCUCUGUCGACACGCCGCAAGCGUGGGAGCGCACCCAGAUUCCCGAGCAGGCUCACAUCGACAAGAUUUACAACGGCCGCGGCGACCUCGAGGACAUCGACAUGAGCUGGCCGACGCUCUGAGCGUCGACGUUUGACAGCCGAGCGGCGGGUUGAAAUGUAGAUAGACGUCGUGCACGCACCGCGCGCGCCGCUUUCGAGCUGUC